CGCAGGUGCACCACGGAGCAACGACUCACCUGUCAGAAGUAGAUUUUAAAACAGCACGUUCAGUCACGUUCUCGUGUUUAUUAACUAACAUCCGGUUGGUAAAGUUGGGCUUUUUGUUCAGGCACUAAGCUAAACGCCUAAACUGUUACAGUGUGGGUUUUCCCUGCUCUGCGUGUCGGUGUUGGCUCAGAAACCAUCCGUCUUUCUUCCACAACACCUCCUCCUCCCCCCUCACCGCUUCCUACACCCAACCCCACACACACGCGCGCGCGCGCUGCUCGCGCUCGGAGACGAGCCGCUCGAGGAGCAGCGGUGAGAUGUUGGUGAUGCUGCGAGUCGCCGACUCUUCCUUUCUUUCACGCUUCACGUCGGCGAGGAGCGCAGGGAAGGAGCCUCUGAGAUGCGCUCGCGCGCGGGGAGUUGAAAUAAGGGGAGGGGAGGAAUUUAAGAAAUAAAUAAAUAAACGGAGGAGGAGGAGGUGAAGAAGGAGAGGAGCAAGCGGAGGAGUCAGAUUUUCUCACGAGGAUGUCUGAGUGCUGACAAAAGAAACCUGGGAGCCUCUCUGGCUUCGGCUUACACCCGCUCACCGGCUCGCUCGGGUUCGGCCAAAGAUUUAUCCACCGUCCUGUCUCUGUAGGAGGAACCAUGCCUGUGCGGAGAGGUCAUGUUGCGCCACAAAACACAUUCUUGGGAGUGAUUAUUCGGAAAUUCGAAGGACAAAAUAAGAAAUUCCUCAUAGCCAAUGCCCGCGUGCAGAACUGUGCGAUCAUCUACUGCAACGAUGGCUUCUGCGAGAUGACGGGCUUCUCCAGGCCGGACGUCAUGCAGAGGCCGUGCACGUGCGACUUCCUGCACGGCCAGUUCACCAGCCGGCACGCGGUGGCCCAGGUGGCCCAGGCGCUGCUGGGCUCUGAGGAGCGCAAGGUGGAGAUCACCUACCACCGCAAGGAUGGUUCAAAGUUCGCCUGCACCACCCAUAUCAUCCCGGUGAAGAACGAGGAGGGCGUGGUGAUGAUGUUCAUCCUGAACUUCGAUUACAUCCUGGAGGAGGGCAGCAGUGACUCUCUGGAGAGACUCAACCACACGUCGCCCUCCAAAGCCAACCAGCGAAAAGGACGAUUCUUUCGUUUCCGUUUGCCAGCCUUACCACUCCUGGGCAUCAACAAGCAGUCCCUUCCCCAAGAGGACCCUGACGCCGUUUUGGUGGACUCUCCUCACCACAGCGAUGGCUCAGUGGCAACGCACGACUACCAACUUCCCACUACUCGCGAGAGCUGUAGUCCCACCUAUGCUAACGACACCCGUGCUCUUAUUGGCCCCAGCCACUGCUCGACCCCCAUUUCUGGCCCUUUGGACCACUCAUCGCCCAAAGGCCCCUGGGAUCGGACAUACCCUGAGGAGUCCCAACACCAGAGCCAAGAGGACACACUCACUGCAGCUCCAUCAAUCCCAGGCCUCACUCCAACUCCCUCCAGAGAGAGUAUGUGCAGUAUUCGCAGAGCCUCCUCCGUACAUGACAUGGAAGGCUUUGGGUCCAAGUCCAAGAUGGCCUUUAGGGACAGACACGCCAGUGAAGACAAUGGUCGCAAUAUUAAAGUAUCGCGCUCCUGGAUGGCUGGGGGGCCUCUCAGCCACAUCAAAUCCAGCCUGCUGGGCUCCACUUCCGACUCCAACCUCAACAAGUAUAGCACCAUCAACAAGAUCCCCCUUAUUACCCUCAAUUUCUCUGAAAGCAACAAUGAAAAGAAGUGCCCCUCCCCUCCGUCGUCAGAGAAGACCAUCAUUGCUCCCAAAGUCAAAGACCGAACACACAACGUCACAGACAAGGUUACACAGGUCCUCUCUCUGGGUGCAGACGUGCUGCCUGAGUAUAAACUGCAGACGCCACGUAUGGACAAAUGGACCAUCCUCCAUUACAGCCCCUUUAAAGCGGUGUGGGACUGGCUCAUCCUGCUGCUGGUCAUCUACACAGCCAUCUUCACACCCUACUCUGCUGCCUUCCUCCUCAACGACAUUGAGGAGCGACACAGGCGGGAGUGCGGAUACUCCUGCUCUCCACUUAAUGUAGUGGACCUGAUAGUAGACAUUAUGUUUAUUGUGGACAUCCUAAUAAACUUCAGGACCACUUACGUCAACUCCAACGAGGAAGUAGUCAGCCAUCCGGCCAAGAUUGCCAUCCACUACUUUAAAGGCUGGUUCCUCAUAGACAUGGUGGCGGCCAUCCCAUUUGAUCUGCUCAUCUUUGGCUCAGGAUCAGAAGAGACCACCACUCUGAUCGGUUUGCUGAAGACGGCCCGUUUGUUAAGGCUGGUUCGAGUUGCUCGUAAGCUGGACCGAUACUCAGAGUACGGUGCUGCCGUUCUCAUGCUGCUCAUGUGCAUCUUUGCCCUGAUCGCCCACUGGUUAGCCUGCAUCUGGUAUGCAAUCGGCAACGUGGAGAAGCCUUAUCUGGAGCACAAGAUCGGCUGGCUGGACAACCUGGGGGUGUCGAUAGGAAAAAAGUACAACUACAGCGACCCCACCUCAGGCCCCUCCAUCAAAGAUAAGUAUGUCACAGCGCUGUACUUCACCUUCAGUAGUCUGACCAGUGUGGGCUUUGGGAACGUCUCCCCCAACACCAACUCUGAGAAGAUCUUUUCCAUCUGCGUCAUGCUCAUUGGAUCUCUAAUGUACGCCAGCAUCUUUGGGAAUGUGUCCGCCAUCAUCCAGAGGUUGUACUCGGGUACGGCCAGGUACCAUCUCCAAAUGCUAAGGGUCAAAGAAUUCAUCCGCUUCCACCAGAUCCCCAACCCGCUGAGGCAGAGGCUGGAGGAGUACUUCCAACAUGCCUGGACGUACACCAACGGCAUCGAUAUGAACAUGGUGCUAAAGGGAUUCCCAGAGUGCCUGCAGGCUGAUAUAUGCCUCCACCUUAACAAGAGCCUCCUCCAGGGUUGUAAGGCGUUUCGUGGAGCGACUAAGGGCUGCCUGCGGGCCCUGGCCAUGAGGUUCAAGACGACCCACGCACCCCCUGGAGACACACUGGUCCACAGUGGGGACGUGAUCACAGCGCUCUACUUUGUGUCUCGCGGUUCCAUUGAAAUCCUCAAGGAUGACAUCGUGGUGGCCAUCCUCGGUAAAAACGACAUUUUUGGUGAGAUGAUCCACCUUUACGCCAAGCCGGGGAAGUCGUGCGCUGACGUCCGAGCGCUCAGUUACUGCGACCUUCACACCAUCCAGAGGGAGGAAAUUCUGGAGGUGCUGGACAUGUAUCCAGAAUUCGCCGACCACUUCUUCACCAACCUGGAGUUGACCUUUGAUCUCCGUGAUGAAAAGGCUAAGACGACCUACCCCAAAGCAAGUGAUUCAAACGUGGACAUGAAGUGCAGAAGAAGAGUUUCAUACAAGAGGGGGCCUUCCACAGGCUCCCACAACAAGGAGCCGGCGGCCUCACACUGCAACACCAAGCAGGGCCGGCGCGUCUACGCCUCUUCGUCGGCCGAGGACAGGAGGGAGUCCGCAGAGGAGGGGGAGGACGAGGAGGAAGAGGAGGAGGAGGAAGAGGAGCAGAGGCCUUUGUGCUCCGGUGUGCUGGGCUACCCAGUGGUUAGGGACCAUAGCCUGGGCCUUGGGCUCAGCAGUACUCCGCAGGCAACGCCUGCAGACGCCACGCAGACCCAGGAAUAUAAAGAGCUGCGUGCAGAGAACUGGUCACAGGGCCCAGACGGGUCGGCUCGGUGUCAGGAGGCGCCGGCCGUGGAGGACGACAGCGACACAGAGCUCACCUACGGAGAGGUGGAGCAACGGCUGGACCUGCUGCAGCAGCACCUCAACAGACUGGAGUCUCAGAUGACAGCAGACAUCCAGGCCAUCCUGCAGCUCCUCCAGAGGCAAACAGCAGCUGUCCCCCCCGCCUACAGCACCGUCACAUCCAGCCCCGAGUACCAGAGUCCAGCCAUCAGGAUCCAGACCGAUCCAAGCCUCAGCGCCGCCCCACCUCAGCUUCAGAGGAGCCUCGAAUUGGAGAGCUCUCCGAUGAAAUCCAAAGAAUCCCCCCCAGUGUUCCUCCACACACAGACUCUUCCAGAUGGGAGCCUUGCAGGGCCGCUUGGAGGCCCCGCCGAGGACAGACAAACGUUUAACGGCGACGACGCGACAGAGCGCUGCCAUCAGCAGCAGCCGCGGUUCCCACCAGGUCGGCAAGCUUCUCUACCCGACGUCCCCAACAGCUCAGGAAUGUUGGGACUCCACAGGCCAGUGUCUGACCCGGGGCUUCCAGGACAGUAGGCCCCGCCCCCUCCCUCCACUACGACCGAAGGUCUUCUCUUAAGCUUGACUCAGGGUCUAAGAAAGAGACUGAAUAUGCAAAGGAUUUAAAAACUGUAGAUUUUCUUCCAUUCCUUUUGAGAACACGUCUCAGCCCCGACCGUCCUCUAGCUCCGAUUUAAUGUACAAAUGCAUUUAUACUGAUUAUUUAUACACUAAAUUAUCAACACAUGUAAAGUCAUCAUCCACCGUGUACAUAGUUCUGAUAGAACACUGCCAGCAACACCGAGCACCUGACGUGCUUUUUUUCCAGAUAUGCAUGUUUCUGUUCCCAUGUUUUCCGUCCUGUUGCAUGUUCCUCACACGUGCUGCAGCUCCACGAGGCAUUCAGGUGUGAUCGGCAUGCUCACAGGCCACUGUAGCUAUCCAGUCUCAUCCCCUACAACUCGCGCCUCCUAAAUAAGGAACAAAGCUACUUGAAACUCUUUCCGAGGCAUUUCUAGAGUCCCCCUCCGUGAUCCAACACUCAUCCCACCUGCCACCAACUCCUGUCUGUACAUUUAGCGUGCCUACUGUCCACCACAUUGCCACCAUGACAGGUUUAAACCGUUUAAACAGGAAGUGUAGGAACAUGUGAAGAGGCUGCAUGACAUCCCAUAGCACUGACUACUAUUUUUGGACUUUGAAAGCAAUAAUGACGGGCUGCUGCAGAAGACGUCACAGAUCCAGAGAUACGACACGGCCCCUUGUGUUGUGGGGUUGUCUGCUUGUAGUUAGCAUGUAGGUCAAAGAGCAAACAUCGCGUUUGUUUUUGGAUGCAUCAUCAGGACGAAGCUAAAAUCACUUAGCUAUUAUCUAGCGUAGCUUGCUAACAACAUGCUAGCUGACUUUUAGCGUCUGGUCGCUUAAAAGAAUCAAGUGACAAACGUUUGAAUAAUUAAUAUCUUACCUGUUGUAGAUAGCUAGCGGCUGAAGUGGAUUUCUGCAGUCUCAAAACUAAACUUUUCAGACUUGAUAUGAAAAAAAAACUUUAGAAGCUAAGUGAUGCUAGCUGCUAUAGUUAGCUGCUAGCUAUAGCUCAUGCUGCCUGGGGCAGUAUGGAAGGGUUAUUAGAAGAUUUCUUCAAUAAUACCAACUUAUCACGGAAAUUUUGGGCACACGUUCUCAAAUAAAGCUGUCACGUGAAUUUAUUGAGAUUACAUUUGUUUGAGGACAACAGUAAUCCACUUGGUCUGAAGCUACGACUCCUUAGUGGCGUCUGGAAUUAAUUAAGGCAAUCAUGUUUCCCAAUCACUAGGAGGAAGUGGUGCCUCAUAUUAUUGGAUGGCCUGAUGACUCACCUUUAGGACAGGUUACUCAUCCAACAGGAAAACAAGCUUUUUCAGCAUUAUUGAUCAUUAAAAGCCAUUUUGUUCUACCCUUACCACACUCAAAACAUUAAUAACCAUUCACCGACCCAUCUUGACUGGACAUGACUUUUCUUCUGCCGAUAGCGUCAACACCACUUUGUUCCAAGGCAAUAAAACCGUGUAGCAAUGCUAAUAGAUAAUCACUGAAUCUUGGUUCAACAGUAGAAUCCGCUGUAUCAUCGUUAUACGUUGUAACUUUCACAAUUUUAUCUACAUUAGUGGAAUCUCACCUGUUUUUACACUAAAGCCAAUGUCUGACCGGACCCUUGCUGUUGGUGACCAGUUGGAGACAUAAUUUUGAGUAAACAUGGAAUCACUGCAAGACGAAAUUGCGUGUAAAUGGAGACGUUUUUGGAGUUUUCCUACAAAUGUUGUAAAAGCUUUUUGUAACUUUAUUUUAGUUGUGAUUCUGUCACUGACCCGUCCCAAAGUUCAUCUCUCCCAUGUUUUGACCCAGAGAGCCAAUUUGGGGUAUGUGGAAUGGACCUGACGAGAACCACGCCAUGCGACUCGUAGGGAAACCGAGAGUAAUCACAAACAUUUCAAGAAAUGUUUGAACUUUGUCUCCAGCAGUCAUGGCCCAGUGAGAUUCUGGUUUAUUUAUAUUUAUAGAAAAAGAAAACAAAUGUCUAUUUUAUCUCCAAAAGCGUGUUUUACCAUCAUCCAGUCAAAGACAAAGAACAGCUCCCGAACUGCCUUGACGUUAAGUCCGUUUUACUGCCAGUGACGUUUAGACUGCCCCGACAUCAUGAGUCUUCUUCACAGCUUGAAGGAACCGCCGAUGGCUUUAGGUCUUCCAUUACAUCCCAACAGUCCUUCCUAAGUUACCAAUCAUCACUGUCAUGAGGUAAAAACGGAUGUGUUUUAGGCUGAGGACACUGCUCGGCCUUCAACAGCCUUAGCUAAUUCACCCGCUCUAGCCUUUAUAAAUCAUAUCAGCCCGAUGCAAGAACCAGAGGCUUCUCUACCGUCACACAUCUAACUGUAUUCAACUACUUUAGAUUAAACUGCAUGAGGAAAACCAAUAGUCUUUAGCUUUGUAACUAAACUCCGAUACGAGCUCAUGUAUUGCAUGGAGGCUGCACUUGACUUUAGUGUGAAAGGUCUCAAUCAGCUGUGGGACACCGCCCAUAUCCAAACAUACGGCACACCCAUGGGAUCUCCAGAAUUAGACUUAUUUUUCUAAACUAAAUUAUUUAAGUUGAUGCCAUUAUUUUUCUAUGUUUUCCUUGAAUGCUCCUGGAAUGUCGAUGGGAACAAAUGCACUGCCUCAAUGUAGCAAGCAGGACGUCCGACGGGCAGAAACGCAUGUUGUCGCAUUUGCUGAACGCCGUUUGGGUUGGUUUGUCUUCGUUUAUAUUGCACCUUGAUUUUCAUAUCAUUUCAGCAGAGUUUCUGGACUUUAACUGCAUGUCACAAACCAAGUUCCAACUUGACGCUUCUGUUUGGGACAACGCAAGGAGCGGAUGAGAGCGUGAACAAGAUGGUUUUCCAGGUCGGGACACCGCUGAUCCGGGGGUUAAAGUGGAUCACGUUGCUGAAGGUCGCUUCCUUCCUUUGAUACGCUCUCACUUCAGAUGCAGAACAAACGUCGCCGAAGCCCGACUCGACACGGGCGCGCGCCGGGAAAAGGCUCCUCUGCUGAACUUUUCAUGGGAAUUUGCAAACUUUUGCACAGAGAUAAGAAAUCUUGCUGUACUGGAUAUUAAAAAUGUCACUUUUUAAAUCUAGUGCUGUUCACAAUUGUUUUUAUGCAUUUUUUAAAGGUUUGCCACUGUAUUUUAUACAAUGCGACACUUAAACAGCUGAUUUGAAUGUUUCUGUUCUUAACUAUAUUUAAAGAAAACAAAGUAUAUUAUGUAAAUACGACUGGGAGUAAUGCACAAUUGUAUAAACGAAUAAACAGAAUGCAUAAC